AUGGCCCAACUCCUCCGAGUGCAGAUCGCCAUCCUCUUCGCCCUCAUUGCGCUAACUGUCUUCGCCUCCGCAAGGCCUGGCCGGACUUUCAUCAUCUCAUUCUCCUUCCCCUCCAAUUCCUCCACUGUCGCCGGCUUCACCGAGAACCACUCCUUCAUCCCCAGACACACCGUCUCCGAUGGCGCCCCCUCCGCCUCCAACUUCACCUCAGUCCGCGACCGCAUCAAGGGCAUUCUCAGCAUCGUCGGUGGCUUCACCGACUCCUUCAUCCCCAGACACACCGUCUCCGAUGGCGCCCCCUCCGCCUACGACUUCACCUCCUUCCGCGACCGCAUCAAUGACAUUCUCAGCAUCCUCGCCGCCAUAUUUUUAGCCCUCGCCUGCGGCGCCUUCUCCAUCGGUAUCGUGUACAUGCUCGCGACAUUUUAUUAA